UGUUGCCUUUGCUCAACGCUCAUGUGGGAUUUUCGCACGUGGAAAAACUAAAUAUAAAGUAAUGAAAUAAGGAUUAUUUAUGAGAAAAUAGAUUCCUAUUACUCAUUUAUUAUUUACUCUUUCUUUGUGCCUAUUGUUCACCUUUGAUAUUAAUUAAUAUCAAAUCAAAAUAAACCUGCAAUAACCUCUUAUAAAAAUAAUGCAGAAAGUUAAGAGAAAAGCUCCAGAAGAUAGUGCAUCGCCACCAAAGAAAAAGAAGGUACAAUUCGAUGAAUCAAAACCUGACACAGUAACAGAUUUUGAUAUCAAAAAGAAUAACAAAGACAAGUUUAAUAAAAAUGGAAAAAAGGACUUCGCAAAAGGUAAAAAAUUCAACAAACCGGCUUUUCAAAAGAAUCAGAAAGAUAAACCCAGUUUUGCAACGGGUAGACCUGCUUGGAAAAAAGAUAAUCAAGGUUAUAAGGGUAAAAGAGCUCCAGGAGGAAAGGAAGGUGAACAAACAGGCAAACCAAAAUCGUCAGACACGAAGGGUAAACCUGGUUGGAAAAAAGACAACCAAGGUUUUAAAGGUAAGAAAGGUCCAGGUGGGAAAGAAGGCGAACAAACAGAGAAGCCAAAAUGGUCGGAAAUGAAAAAAGAAAAGAAGACUCUUAGACUGGAGAGGCGUAAAGCAAAGGCUACAGCAGAGAUAUUUGAAAUAUCACACAAAGCUAAACUACUAUCAGCCCAAAUACAAAGGAAAGUAGUGAAGCAAGAUUUCCGUGAUAACUCAUGUAAAGAACUGCAUGGUCUUUUGAAAAACCAAUACAAAUCAAUAGCACUUACUCACGAUUUGAGUAGAGUUAUACAGGUCUUGUUAAAAUAUGGUUCGGAAGAAAUCAAGAGUGAUAUUACUAAAGAGAUCAUGGAUAUCAUGGUUCCGAUGAUGCAGUCAAAAUAUGCGCAUCAUUCUGUCAAACGCAUAUUGAAGUAUGGAUCAGAUGCUAUUCGCCAUCAGGUUAUAAGCAAGUUGUUUGGCCAUGUAGUUGUUCUGGCAGCCCACACUAUAAGUGCUCCAGUUUUAGAUUAUGCGUAUGGCGAGUUUGCGAAUAAGAAAGAGAAGUUGUAUAUGCAGCAAGAGUUCUAUGGAGAUAUGUAUAAGAAUACAAAAGAUGACAAAGUAAAAACUCUGAGUGACACAUACAAGGACAGUCCUGAAAUGAAGUCGGCUAUAUUGCAGUCUUGUAAGGCCAAUGUGCAGAGGAUUCUUGACAAAAACCUCCAUGAUAGUGAGCUCUUGCACUCAGUCCUGUAUGACUACAUAAGGGAAUGUUCGGCAGAAGACAAGGCAGAAAUGAUAUCCACACUCAGUCCUCUAAUUGUACCUCUCAGUAAUUCACUACCAGGGGUUAAUGCAGCUUGCAUAUGUGUGUGGCAAGGCACUAAUAAGGAUAAAAAGACAAUACUAAAAGUGGUAAAAGAGCAUGUAGUACCCUUAAGUAAACACAAGACUGGAUACAGGCUAUUAAUUGCUAUAUUUGACUCAGUUGAUGACACAGUACUUGUGAAGAAAACUAUUGUAUCAACAAUAGCAAGCAAUUUGAAGGAUAUUGCGAAAGAUCAUUGGGGUAACAUGACACUCCACUGGCUCGUCAAACCGAAAGACUCGGCGGCAUUCCACCCGACGUUCAUCAAGUUCCUCGAGGAGGGUUUCAAAAGCGGCACAUCCAAAAAGGACGCGGAUAUUCGUAUAAACGAGUUGCGUGAGGCGAUAUUGCCUGCGCUGAAGGAGGAUAUGGGAAGUGACCCACAGUUCUGGCUGAGCAGCAAAGCGGCCAUGUUGCUAGCGAUCGCCGUGUUGUCUAUCGAAUCAUCAAAAGAAAUAUUAGAAGCUCUAGCUGGCGUCAUUUGUAAGGAGGAUUGGAAAAUAAACGUAAAUGAUAAGGAAGUACUCGCCGUAGAAGACGCCGGCAUUCACAUGUGUUUGAAGAAGCUUGCCGCGUUGGAUCAAACUGCAGCCGACUUUACACUGGGCAAUGCUGUUUGCGAAUGUUUGUCAGCAGAAACGCUGAAUGCAUGGCUCCCAACAAAUAGAGGAUGUUUCUUCCUACUGAAAUUAAUUGAGAACAAUGCAGAGGCCAUCUCCAACAAGUUGAAGAAAAAGAUAUCUUCACACGCAAAAAUAUUAAAGCAGCAGUCAUCAGAAGGGGCUAAACUACUCCUUAAAUCUAUUGAAAAUAAAUAGACCACUUGUUAAAAUAAGAA